GAAGUGCCCGUCGGAAGGGACCGGAAGCGGCGUGAAGCCCGAGCGGGGCGCGGCGUCGCUGCUGCUGGGGGCUGCUGCUGCUGGGGGCUGCUGCGGAGGGCGCCAUGUCGGCCAGCGCCGUCUACGUGCUGGACCUGAAGGGGAAGGUGCUGAUCUGUAGAAAUUAUCGGGGAGAUGUGGAUAUGUCCGAAGUGGAACAUUUCAUGCCAAUCCUUAUGGAAAAGGAAGAAGAAGGGACGCUUUCUCCCAUUCUCGCUCACGGAGGUGUGCGCUUUAUGUGGAUUAAGCAUAACAACUUGUACCUUGUUGCAACAUCCAAGAAGAACGCCUGCGUGUCUUUAGUCUUCUCCUUUCUCUACAAGGUUGUUCAGGUGUUUUCUGAAUACUUCAAAGAGCUGGAAGAAGAGAGCAUUCGAGAUAAUUUUGUUAUCAUUUACGAACUCCUGGACGAACUCAUGGAUUUUGGAUACCCGCAAACCACUGAUAGUAAAAUUUUACAAGAGUAAGUAACACAAGAA